GGCACCAAGGAAAUUUCUCUGUGUUUUCCACUUCUGAGAAUUUCCUCUGGGUAUUGUCUUUUCUACAGCCGGCUACUAGUGUUGCAAUCGCUUACUCCUCCUCUAAGAGGGAAGGAGGAGGUGAGAAACCACUAAACAUGUAGAGAAGUACAUAGGCAGAAGUAAGUAGCCGGCUAGGAUCACUCAGGUCUCAGGCAACCAUGGCAGCACAUAAGGCAAUGCUGAGAGUCCUAGUGCUGGGGCUGACUUUGCUAUCCUCGGGCCUGUUUUGCUUGGAGCAAUCAGAGAUUGACUAUCGUAGACCAAUUAAAGUCAACAUUGAGUGCUGUACGUCUGUUUCCAAGGCCAGGAUUCGAUAUCCAAUCAUCAGCCACAAGGAACAACCUGCAGCCAAUCUCUGUGUCAAAGCUGUUAUAUUCCGGACUACCAGCCAUGGGUCAUUUUGCUCUGACCCAAAAGCCAAGUGGGUGCGCAAAAAGGUGGAGAAUCUUAAGAGUGGGGAAAGCACAGCACCUCAAAAACCAAAGAAGAAGGGAAGGAAAAAUCAGAAGAAGAGGAAGCCUAAACAACCAAGACCUACUGUGAAACCCUCUUGGUUUCCUCUGACGCCAACAGCAACUGCUCAAGUACGGACUUGAGGAAAUGUCCCAGAAUGCUGUGCAUCUGAAGACUGCCUGCACUCUCACUGAAGGCUUGUGCUGCAAGAGUUGCCUGUUUAAAGCUACGCCAAGAUUCUAUUUUUGUAUUUUUUUUUUUUUACUUUGUGUGCUUUUUACAUGUUUGGAGACUAUAUUUAUUGGUCAACUAAUAAACUAUAUAUAUUUACAUAAAAAUACCAUUCUGGGCCAGUUACAAGUGUUUGUUUUGCACAGGAUCUUCCUUUCCUAUUAAUUAUGUAAAAUAAUUCCAGGGAUUAAACAAGAAGACAGUUAAUCUGAAAAUCAUGUACUAAUUAUACACAAAACUCAGUGGUUAGUGGUGUCACAUGUCACUAUAAUGUACUGUAAUAGUUGAGGAUAUUAGAAUCACAUUGGAGACUGACAUUGACAACUUCUAAUACCUUUAUAUUUUAAAAUUGGUAGAUAUAUAUUUGCAGGUUUUCAGAUAUUGUUUUUUCCCUGUGACCAUAGCAGAUAUACUUGGGGGUACCUUCCCAGCUAGUCUCAAGGGUAGAGCUUCCUUACCUCACCAUAACAGAAGUAUUGAAGGAAAGGUCUCCAGUCUGAACUAUAAUUCUCAACACUUUAACAAAGAAAUCUGGGUGCUGGUGGUUCUUAACCAGGAACAGUAGUUUUAUUAAUGACAUAGCAACACAGAGAUAUUACCUUUGUAGGCCAAAUGUUCAUGGCACAAUAUCCUGUUAUACACUGGGUUCUCAUGGGCAAUACCCACAGCACAAGUGUUUGCCCCCAGUGUACCAGAAUCUCACACUAAUGUUUUAUUAACAUUGGAAACAAACAUCACUGAUGGUGUUGCCGAUAGCAAGGGCGACUCCACCCAAACAGCUAAAGCUUUUUAAAAAGUAAACAUAAUUUCAAAGCAACUUUGCAAUACACAUCAAUUAAAAAUAUGCAGCAUUUUCAUGACUUUUAAUGUAAUAAUAUGCUUUAGAACAGUUACCAAAGCCUGACCCCUGUUCUCCUGCUGAUCUGGCUGACUACUUUGAGAGUCAAACAAAAUGUAAGAAUAGUCGACUGUCCUCAGCCUGCAUCCUCCAGGCAGUACCAGAUGUAUUGCAAGAAGCCAAAAUCUGAAAAGUAACAGAAUGCCAUUAGUAUCUUGUAAAAAAAUGUGCUUAUAAGAAACAAUUUAUGCUCCAAGACUUGUUAAGACCUUUUGUAUUAACCUUCUUUAUUCAGUUUUUUAAUCAAAAACAAUUCAUGCUGUUGUAAUUUUGGUUUGAUGUUUCCACCUCAAGAUGGCAUCUGUGUAACUCCCAUUAUUAACCACUUCAGUUGACUCAUGUUAUAAUUCAUUUCUGAGAAAUGUCUUGCUACAGAAGCAUUAGUGUAUGUAUCUUUUAUAAAAUUGUGAUUGUUUCCACGGUG